AUGCGUGCCAAUCUUACCUCUCCUGUUGACGAUAGCGAUGACGAUAGCGAUGACGAUGAAGAUGACGAUAGCGAUGACGAUGAAGAUGACGAUGCCUCUUGUUCUAGUCCGGUCGAGCAAUCGCAAUCAAUCGCGCUGUUAGACUCAAAAUACGAAACCUUGGAAGCGAUUGGCAACAUCGUUGAUAAUUAUCGAUACUGGGAAGAUGGCUCGACUCUCCUACAGGCUGCUAUCUGUCUCCGGGACGACGAGGUUAUCGAGGUGCUUAUGGAUAUUCCCGUAAACGUGAACGCCGUGGAUAGCCAGGGAUUAUCCGCAUUACACUGCGCAGCAACCAUAUACAACGAAAGGAAUCACAUAAUGGAUCAGCUGCUAGUCAAUGGAGCAGAUCCAUCUCUUCAAGAUCACAAUACACGGACACCUCUGCAUAUUGCUGCCAGGCUAGGACAUUGGUCAGGCUAUCCUAUAGCCGCCCUUCUUAAAGUCAUGGAAUCGGAUCAAAUCAACAUUCGAGACACAAAUGGAAAUACGACCCUCCACAUUGCUGCCAUAACUGCCAAUGUACAGGCCAUAGAGCUGAUAUUCAAUGCAGGGGCAGACCUAUCCAUCAGAAACAAGGAUGAAAGGACGCCCAUCGACCUCGCUGUCUGUUCUUGCCCCAGAGAUUUCAUCUACAUCCUCGAACAAAAGCUCAACAUAUUCAGCGAUGCACAUCAGAUUCCGUUCCACAAGUCUACUACCACGGAUAGCUUAGGCGGACUAGCCAUACUCUUCGAGUAUGAAAGAGAUGAGCCCUCUCCUGAGAACGAUCAAGAUGUAGGAGAUGAUUAUAGCGAUUCCACUGAUUCUCGAAGUUGUGAUUGCACAAUUAUGGCAUCGCCAAGGAACAAAUGUACUAAGUGUCGACACGCGAUGGAGGCUAAUUCGAGAUUGGAAACGGAUGUUGACUGGUUCAGUGCUUACGAUGUACCCGAGUGGACGGCUCUUUCGGGGUUAAGGAUUUUGCCACUAAGGCCAUUGUGUGCCAUCUUCAGGGAAGAUGGGUAG